AAACUACAGCUACUGCCACCGCUCUCUGUUCUGUUUCGCUUCCACCAGAAACUACAGGGAGAGAAAGAGUGGCUUUUUAGAGAGAGAAAGAGGUAAUACCCAUUUGGCAUUUCCAUAUUUCACUUUCCUCUUCUUUUGCUGCUAUUUAUGUGACUCAACUCUCGUGGGUUGAUUUAUCUGAUGCAAGAGUAUCAUCCAUUUUGAAGUGUUUGCUUAAAAUUUUCAUAUGUGGUGGAGUCCCUCUCUCUCUCUCUCUCAAGAAUCAGGUUAGGUAAGUAUUCAACUUCUGUUGUUAGCGUAUGGCAGCUUCUCUUGUGCUAUAUUAUUGCUUAAUCAAUGACUUGGCUUGGGUUUCAUUUGAUGCAUAUUAUACAAGGAAUUAAAAUUUUAAAAAUUUAAUAGAGAUGAAUGGAAUCUGUAGAACCAAACAAGUGCUUGCUACAACUAUCUCAUAGAAAAACCGUUAGCAUUCAAAAUUUGAGUGAAGGAAAGGAGAAAGGAAAUCUGGGUUUUGUUGGGUUUUUACAUCUGUGGAAGGAACGUUGCUUGUUUUCUGCAUUGUUGAUCUGAGAAUGAGUUGGAUUUGUGCCUGAUUUUUGAGCUAAAAGAGAAUAUACGGUUUCUGGGUGUUUCCAUAUUAUAUGUGGGAUGUCAGAGAGCAGAGAGAAUAGAUGGUUGAUGGAGCAUACCCAUUUGAAGAUGUCAUGGAUUCAGUAUCAAAUCAAGCAAAAAGAUGGUUAUUUGACAUAUCCGCCUCCUCUUUCUCCUUCUUCAAUGUCUCCAUAUACUACCGCUUUCCAUAAAGAAUCAACCCCUUCAUCUUCAUCCCCACCGUCUUCUGGUACAAGAAUUAGCCCUGCAGUUCUCUUCAUUAUAGUGAUUCUUGCAGUACUAUUUUUCAUCUCUGGUUUGUUGCACUUGCUUGUUAGAUUCCUUAUAAAACAUCCAUCUUCCUCGGCUUCCUCUCAAUCUAAUAGAUACCCUGAAAUCUCUGGCCCAGAUGCUCUUCAAAGACAACUACAGCAGCUUUUCCAUCUCCACGAUUCUGGUCUGGAUCAAGCUUUUAUAGAUGCUCUUCCUGUUUUUCAGUACCGAGAAAUUGUCGGUCUAAAAGAGCCAUUUGAUUGUGCUGUUUGUCUAUGCGAGUUCUCUGAGAAAGACAAGCUGAGAUUGCUUCCUAUGUGUAGCCAUGCUUUCCAUAUCAAUUGCAUAGAUACUUGGCUAUUAUCGAAUUCUACAUGCCCUCUUUGUAGAGGGACCCUUUUUACUCCUGGGUUUUCCAUUGAAAACCCAAUGUUUGAUUUUGAUGAUCUAAGAGAAGAUGAUGGAUGUCCUGGUAAUGUAGAAAAUGGGUUCUCUUCUAGUCAAAAAAUUGUGGAAAUUGAAGAACCUGUUGUUGAAAAGGGGAUUUUACCAGUGAGACUUGGUAAAUUCAGGAGGCUGAAUGAUGGAACAGGGGAGGAGGCAGGAGGAGAGACUAGCAGCAGUAAUUUAGAUGCAAGAAGAUGUUUUUCAAUGGGUUCGUACCAGUAUGUGCUUGGUGAGUCGGACCUGAGGGUUCCCUUGUGCACUGACCGGCAUGGAUGCGAAGUUAAGCUUGAGAAAAGGGCUGACCAGAAUGGAAGCCUUUCAGUUGAUGGGGAUUUGGAGGGAAAGAAGAUUAGUAGUGUAACCAAACGCGAGAGCUUCUCUGUAUCUAAGAUUUGGCUUUGGUCUAAAAAGGGCAGGUUUUCGAGCUCCUCAGAUGCUCAGAUGGGUAUGCCUUCUUCCCUUAACAUGGAUUUGUCAUGGAUGGGUAAAACACAAGAACAUUAAAAGAUGUGAUUAAUCUACGCUCGGAUCAAGGAGAUAUUCAACUAAAGCCCUUCUAACAGUGGUGAAUAUUCAAAUUUCUGACUUUGAUUGUAAAACUGGCUUGGGAUAUAAUUUAUUUUGUUGAUACAACCAUUUAUGAUAAAGUAAAUUUUUUUUUUUAUUGAUUUCCAA